UCACAGCGGAGUCUGGGAAGGCAACUCUAAGUAUAAAUGGUCCAUGUUUCUUACAGACAAGAGAGGCAAACGGUCAGUUUCACACAGGAAAAUGGUUAGCCGAGUUGAACACCCUGCUGGUGGCUACAAGAAAAUUUUUGAGACGUGCAAAGAACUAGCAGAGCCCAUUGAAGCACAAGUUACAGGCCAGGUUCCCCAGUGGCUGACAGGAAGCCUGCUGCGUGUGGGUCCUGGCAUGUUCGAGGUGGGAGACCAGGCCUUCCAUCACCUUUUCGAUGGCCAAGCCCUCAUACACAAGUUUGACUUGAAGAACGGCAAAGUCACCUACUACAGAAAAUUUGUGAGAACCGAUGCUUAUGUGCGAGCCAUGACAGAGAAUCGGGUGGUCAUCACAGAGUUUGGCACCACUGCUUACCCAGAUCCUUGCAAAAACAUCUUCUCUAGGUUUUUCACAUAUUUCCAAGGCAUUGAAGUCACAGACAACUGCCUAGUGAACAUAUAUCCAAUUGGCGAAGAUUUCUACGCAUGUACAGAAACAAACUACAUCACAAAAAUCAACCCAGAGACUCUCGAGACACUAACAAAGGUCGAUCUUUGUAACUACCUGUCCGUCAAUGGGGUCACAGCUCAUCCUCAUAUCGAAAAGGACGGCACUGUGUACAACAUUGGAAACUGUUUUGGGAAGAACAUGACUCUCGCCUAUAAUGUUGUCAAAAUUCCACCCAUUCAGAAAGACAAGUCAGAUCCGAUUGAGAAAUCCAGAGUUGUGGUCCAGUUUCCCAGCAGUGAGCACUUCAAGCCUUCUUACGUACACAGCUUUGGAAUCACAGAAAACUACUUUGUCUUUGUUGAGACUCCAGUAAAGAUCAACCUGCUGAAAUUCCUUAGUGCCUGGGCAAUACGGGGCACCAACUACAUGGAUUGCUUUGAGUCUAACGAAACCAUGGGUACUUGGUUCCAUCUGGCCAGCAAGAACCCAGGGGAAUAUAAAGAUUAUAAAUUCAGGACUUCUGCCUUCAAUCUGUUCCAUCACAUCAACUGCUAUGAGGACCAAGACUUUAUUGUUGUUGACCUAUGCACGUGGAAAGGGUUUGACUUUGUGUACAACUACCUUUACCUGGCAAACCUCCGCAACAAUUGGGAGGAGGUAAAGAAAUCAGCCAUUAUGGCUCCUCAGCCAGAGGUGAGGAGAUAUGUCCUCCCUCUCACAGUGGACAAGCAGAAGGCAAAGGGAAAGAACCUCGUUUCAUUAACCUACACCACGGCUAUUGCGGUCCUGCGCAGCGAUGGAACGAUCUGGCUGGAACCAGAGGUUUUGUUUUCUGGCCCCCGUCAGGCCUUUGAAUUCCCCCAGAUUAAUUAUAACAGAUUCAACGGAAAGGACUACAUGUAUGCCUAUGGACUUGGUCUCAACCAUUUCAUCCCAGACAGGAUUUGCAAACUGAAUGUAAAAACGAAGGAAAUAUGGGUCUGGCAGGAACCAGACUCUUAUCCCUCUGAGCCACUGUUUGUGCAGACUCCUGGCAGGCUGGAAGAGGAUGAUGGGGUUCUGCUGUCCAUUGUGGUCAGCCCUGGGGCGGCCCAAAGGCCAGGCUACCUCCUGAUUCUCAAUGCCAGGGACCUGACAGAGAUCGCCCGGGCUGAGGUGGAGGUCACCUUUCCCGUGACCUUUCACGGCAUAUACAAAACUUAAUCUCACCGAGACACAGAAGAAUCACUCCAGAGGACUGUCAGGCUUUACUCCAACUUCAAACCCCAACUAGGCAUCAGCCAAGGUGUUUUCUUCUUAUAGCCUACUUGUUGUCCAUUCUUAGUGAUUACAAUAACAGUAAUAGUUUUAAAUUUACUGCUACUUCAAGUGUCGAGAUGUGACUUAUAAAACUAAAAUUGAACAAAUAAGAGGCCAGCAAAAAAAAUUGUCCAGUAUUUAAUGAAAAAACCUUUGUUUAAAGAGAUUACCUACAUAUUUUGUAAUAGAUGUUAACUGGUAUGUUUAUCCUAAAUCUAUCCAUUAUAUCAGUUAAUUUUGAAAGUAGGUCUUCUAAAAGAACGUGUAGACCAUUAUAUGUAUACAUUUAUUCUUUAUUCUUUUAAAUCUAUUAUCCUUUUAUUUAGAUCAUUUAAAACACUUUUUUUCCCCCCCAAAA